AUCAUUUAGACAAAUAUUUUCUUCCAUUCUCAGGAACAUUCAAGCUAUUUUGAGCUCAUCAAUGGCGGCAUAAGUGCAAUUCACUUCCAUUGUCAUAAAUCAUUCAAUUACAGUGUGAUUGUGACAAAUUUGUAAUAAAACAGUUUGUUUGGCAAUAAAAUUACAAUUUCACGUCAAAUUCAUUCAAUUUCAGUCACGAACAUUGCAUAGUUCUAGUUCCAUCACUUGAUGUUUGCUCCUGGAUUAGCUUAAUUGAUCAAAUUUCCCUAGUAUGAAAUAGAUGCCAAACAAGUUCUAAACACCAUUCUACAUGUUGAUGUUUGCAAGCAGGGUUUUUGUCAUGGAUUUAAGUAUAUACACUGACCGUGUAAAAAAAAUUCAAUUAGUUUAACUUGUGAUAGUAGGUUACUUAUCAUUUUCACCUGCUGGUUACUAGUUAAGGCUUAUCAUAGAGAUUCACUGUGUAAAUAUCUCUUUCGCUGUCAACGCACGAAACUUAAACUCUCAGGUCGUGUGUGUCACAUAGUCCUCGCAAUUAACCAAACAAGAAUGCGAAAAAUGAAAAAUAAUUUGAAAAAAGGGGAACAGAGAGAAGCUAUAGAUCUGAAAGCAGAUUACUAUAUUUUGUGGUAGAUUGUGCAGAUUACCAGCAUAUGGAUUAUGGUGCUGCAUAAGGUUGAAGUUCUUCGUAUCGGUCUCUAACCUUGUCUCAUUACAACCCUAGGUUCUUUGACUGAGUAGAAAACUCUUUGUCCAUAUGAGGAAGUCUUAUAACUUGGCAAUUUUGUGGCAGUGUGUUAAGAUAUACUCCAGUUCAUAGUAGUGGGCGAUUUAGCCCCUCCACCUGAAGCAAAUUUCAAACACUGUGAAGACAAUUUAAUAAAUGAAAUGGCUAAAUGUAUCGUAAAGUUGCUGUGUACAGACCCUAACCCGAGUGAUUCCCUUGAGAGCUUUUGGGAAAACAAGACAAUAGCUAGCUGGCCCGGACACCACGGUUAUUAAAAAGUAAAUAGGCAAUAGCUUUUCUCCUGCCCUGUCACAUGGAAGUGGAAUAUAAAUUAUGUCAUUUGUUUUUAUGGUUUACAUACUUUGAAGUAACACGAGAAUCCAAUGAACUUUUUACUACAGGAGAAACUUGCAGAGUAUGACCAACAUACUUUUAUAGAAGCUGAGAAGACAAAUGGAUACGGGGAGCAUGAAAAGGAGGUAGUAGAGAAGUUGAAAAACUUGUCACGAAAUGGGUUUGAGAAAAUGAUGGAGGACCAUGAACUUGAUGCAAUGGUCGCGCCUGGUUCACGUGCCUCCCCUGUUUUUGCUAUUGGUGGCUAUCCAGCAGUAACUGUUCCAGCCGGCUAUGAAAGUGAUGGCAUGCCCUUUGGGAUCUGUUUUGGAGGGUUAAAAGGAAUCAAUAAAAAAGACAAUCCCCUUAUUUUCACUCAAAAAAGAUAAUUGAAUCAUCAAAUAAUUUGGAGGGUGAAGUGCAAUUAAAUCCAUUUUUAGGGGAUUCACGGCAUCUUUAGCAUCAUGAAAGUUUAUUCCUUGUUCGCGUUACUUGCUCUUACGGCCUUAUCACUUGUUGGAUGGUCGCAUAUUGAUACUUGCCAUGCAUUCUC